AUGGAUUAAAUAAUUGAAUUAAUAUAAUGGUCAGCCUAACCAGACAAUUAGAUAUAAAAAUAAGUAUAUAAAAGAGCUUAGGAGUUAAGUUAAGAUACUUAAUUCUUAAUACAUUUAUGUUCUGUGAUAAUUGGAAAUUAUGAACCAGAAAUUAGAUAUAGAGCUUCUGUGAUUUUAAAAAGUGCUAUUAAAAAUUGUUCCACAUUACCUGAAUAAUUAUAAUAAAUGUUAGUGCAAGUUGAUUUGAGUAUUCAAAUAAUGAGAUAAGCAUUUAUUAUUAUUGUCCCAGAAGUUGUAGUUAGAAUUGGAAUUAAAAGUAAGCAAACAUCAUAUUAAUCAUAGAUAGCAAUCUAAUGAUGGAAUAUUUAAUUAAAUUGAUAGAUGCUGAUCCUGUAAUUGCAACUGAUUGUUUAUCCAAAAUAAUUGAAGACUUGAAAUUCAAUUCAGAAAAUAUCAAUAAUUAUGGAACAGAUUCAAGUUUACAAUUAAUAGAUCAAUUAGUUAUUAAAUUUAUUUCCUUAGUUGAACAUUAGGAUACAUAAGUAGUUGUAAAUUCCUUAAAUUUUUUAAACUAUAAUAUUUUCUUUAUGCCUCCUUCAUUAACUUAAUAUAUUGAUAGUUACAUUUAAAUUUUGAUUACUGGAACAUAAUCUCAACAAUAAUAAAUAAGAUUGAAAUGCUUUUAGGGUAUAUAAGCUUUAAUAGAAACUAAACGAAUUAAAAUAUAAUAGAUGAAUUUAGUUAUAAUGGCAUGUGUUUAAUCAUUAUAAGAUUCAGACAAGGAAGUUGUACGAUUUGUAGAAUUAUGUUUAACAGAUUUUUUAAGGAUAGAAGAUGCUGAAGAUUAUGAAUAAACUCGUUUACUUGAACCUUAUUUACAAUAAAUAUUAUCACCCGUAAUACUUAAUCUAGCAAUUACUAGAUCUGAUUAAAUAGCCAUAUAACCAACAUUUGCAAAUGUUUACAAUUAAACUGGUAAAAAUGAAGAUGAUGAAUAGGAUGAAGAGAAAACUUUAGGAGAAUAUUCAUUAAGAUCAGUGUCAAAUCUAUUACUUAAAAAAUUAAUAGAAUUUUAUGAUAAAAUUAUUGUUCCUAUAGUUUUAUAAAUUAUUGAUCAACUCUAGCAAUCAUAAGAUUGGAAAUAAUAAGAAAUUGCUAUUAUUUGUCUAGGAUUAUUUGCAGAAAAAAUAAUGGAAAAUCAUGGUAAUCUUGUACCCAAUAUAUUAAUGGCUUUAUUUAAUGAAAAGAAUCAACAAAAUGAAUAUAUAUAUGCUUCUACAUUAUGGACAUUCUCAUAAUAUAAUGAGUGGAUUAAAACAGUAGCUAUUAACGAGACAUAAUUUAUUUAAUCGUAUCUAAAAUUAUUAUUGCUGUCUAUAGAAAAUUAAUCAAUGUAUAUAAUUAAUUAUAUCUUUUAGAAUAGUAAAGGAAUCUGCUUGUUCUGCAUUGAAUUCUUUAUCAAAAGAUGCAUUCUUUAUAUUGCAACCGUACUUAUUAGAUUUGUUUUAAGUAUACUUAAAAGCAUUAUCUUAAAAAGGAGGAGUAUUAUUAUACAUUUAUUAAUCAAUAACAACAAUAUUAUCUGAAUGUGAAACUAUUGAGAAUUAAGAAUUAAUAGAUUUAAUAAUGACUAAAUUGAUCAGUAAUUUAGUUGAUUUAAAUGACUAUAAUAUAUGUCCUCUUUAUGGUAUUAUUAUAUCAUUUAAUUAUAGAAUGUUUGUCAGAAGCAGUUGAAAAAUUUGGAUAAAGAGCAAUAAAAUAUAUUCCCAUUAUUUAUUAAGCUACAGUAUAAUCUAUGAGUGGUUAUGUAUAAUCUAUAUAAAAUGGAAAAACAAGAUUUUUAUAUUAAUAAAAAGAAAUUCUAAAAAGAUCUUUUGAUUUGUGUAUUAAGAUUAUCAACAUAACAAAAGAAAGCUUUUUAGAAUUAUGUGAUUAGUCAUUUUUAUAAAUUGUUGAUCUUGCAUUAUAAGAUACUGAAACUGAUGUUAAAUAAUAUGCACUUUCUUUAAUAGGUGAUUUAAUUAAAGAUUGUUAUACAAUUUUCAAGAAUGUCAAUAUUGCUAUUGUAUUGUAAAUAUAUAUAUAAUAUUUUAGAAAUGAAUACAUCUAUGCUUAAUCUAUAAGUAUUGAUCCAUCUAAAAUAUUUUUGGCUACUUCAAAUAAUGCUGCAUGGGCUAUGGGAGAAUUAGCUAUAAAAGAUCCAUCCAAAAUUACAGUAAUCUUUAAUGCUGUUAUGGAGAAACUAAUAAAAAUAAUUAAUGAAUCAAAAUUACCUAAAUCAAUUGCUUAAAAUAUAUGUAUAGCAAUAUGCAGAAUAGCUGGAUCACAUAUUUAAUAAAUUGAAGAAUUGAUACCUAAUUUUUUUAAAAGAGUUUGUUUGAUCCUUAGCUAAAUAAAGAGUUAAACUUUAGAUGAAUAUAAAGAGGAAUCAUUUAGGUAAGAAAAUAAUUAAAAUAUAGGAUCUUAAUAAAUAUAGUGAAGAUGUAUCCAGGAAGAGUAAUCAACGAUAUCAAAUAUUUUGUUUAUUGUAUUGUUGCCUCAACAGAGUUUCCAUCUAUCAAACCUCUUUUUAUUAAUAUAUUAUAAGAAUUGUAAUAGUCAUUUGGCUAGCAGAAAUUUGAUAGCAUGUUUAGUAGUGAUGACUUGCCUAAUGGAUUUAGGAUGAAAAUGAUUAAUGUUUAUGGUGUAUGA